AACACUAGAUAACCUAACACCCCUUAGUAAUCAUGUACUUGCAAUGACGUGCUAAAAUGAUACCCAUAAUUGAACCCGAAUUAAAUAUAAUUAUGCAGUUAAGUUCAUCAUAUGGACACCCGCUUUAUACGAUAAAAAGUUAUUUUUUAAACAUGACGAAAAAAUCUGUCCAACUUUUACAAGACGUUUUCUAUUAAGUCUUGCAACUUCCAAAGGUUCGACCAAUGGAGAUGUGGAUUCCAAGAGUAUCACCUCAGUUAGCUCAAUCGGUGUAUUGGUGGAAAAUCGGGCUCCAGAGAAAGGUUUACGUCGCUACACUUCUCACCGAUGGCAGAUUGCGUUUCUCUGCGCAUCUUGUACCUUGGCCAUGUUCGCCCUGAGGACGUGCAUAGCUAUGGCCCUGGUUUGUAUGGAAAAUGUUGCUAAAGAUAAGACGACCCUAGCAAAUUAUUCUGAAGAAUACAACUCAACAUUGGUAGUAGACACAAAUUCAACAAAGUUAAAGACCUCAGCGAUGGUACCAAAGGAAUGGGUGGGUGUGGUACUAUCUUCAUAUUUCUAUGGUUACAUAGUAACACCGUUACUAGGGGGACUAAUGGCUCAAAGAUUCGGCCCUAAAAUGGUCAUCCUUGUAGCUAUGUUAAUAGCUAAUGUGUGUAAUGGAUUGACUCCUGUUGGUAUUAGAUAUAGAGUGGAGGUUGUGGUGGCUAUCAGAAUAAUCAUGGGAAUAUCAUCGGGUAUAAUUUUACCAUCAAUGCAAGUUCUGUGGUCUGAAUGGGCAACAAAAUCUGAGAAGGCAAGGCUGAUGGCGGUGUCCAGUUCAGGGAUUAAUCUGGGAAAUGUUGUAGCUACUGGAAUUGCUGGAUUUCUAUGUGAAAUACCACUUGAUGAUGGCUGGCCCUUUAUAUUCUAUGUAUUUACUUUAGGAACAAUUUUUUGGAUGAUAUUUUGGUGGUUUGCGGUUUAUAAUUCGCCUGAUAAACAUCCAAGAAUCUCAGAAGAAGAAAAAGAUUACAUUCAGCAUGACAAGGUUAAACCUUCCAAAAAGAAGAUUCUUCGUGUUCCAUGGUUUAAAAUAUUGACAUCUUUACCUUUCUGGGCAUUAUUAAUAUCUCACUGCUGUCAUUCCUGGUUUUUGACUCUAUUCUCAAACUUUUUACCUAUUUAUAUGAACGAUGUUCUUGAGUAUGACGUCACGGACAACGGUAUUUUCUCAGCUUUACCUUUCAUAACCCGAUUCUUCAUGGGUCUGGUUUUCGCUAGUUUAGCUGAUUUUAUAGCGGAGAGAAAAUAUCUCUCCAUGACCAACAACAGAAAACUUUUUCAAAGUAUUUUAGGUAUGAUUAUUCCAGCAGUAUUGAUCAUAGGAUUAGGGUACCUUGGUCCGGAUCAGAAAGCUCUAGCAGUAGCCUUAAUGGCUUCAGCGUCUGGUUUUCAAUCAGCAACAAUGGCAGCAUUUAGAGUGAACCAUUUGGAUAUAGCUCCAAGAUUUGCUGGACCUAUAUCUGGUUUAACAAUGACGGUUGGGUGUGCCGUUUCAAUCGGUGUACCAAUUCUUACCACGGCCUUAACACCAGAGGGAACAUUGAAACAAUGGCAGACAGUUUUCUAUAUUAACGGAGGUCUCAAUCUGUUCGGUGCCAUAUUGUUUGGUAUAUUUGGAAGUGGGAAAGAACAAGAAUGGGCCAAGGAGGCGCCAAUAGAAAUCAAUUUAGAGGCACCAGAUAAAACCAAUAUAUCGAUUAUUACUCCAGACAAAACCAAUAUAUCAAUUAUUGCCAAUGAGGAAAUUCCCGUCGAAGACAGUGACACCCAAUAUGUGUAUAAAAAUCCAUCGUUUAAGUAUUUAGAUAAACUAUGAAAGUA